AUGCAGUGGGUGCAGGAGCAUAUUGCUGACUUUGGCGGCGACCCUGACCAGGACGAGGGCGAGGGCGCUACUGACUUGUUCCGCGGUGCCAUGGCCUUGUCUAAUGGCCCGGUCAUGGUUGAGAGUGCUGAGAGGGCUCAGCCUUUCUUUGAUCACAUGGUCGAGAGGACGGGAUGUGCAGAUGCAUCGGACAAGAUUGCUUGUCUGAAGGUUACCGACUUUGACGAUAUCAUGGCCUCCGUCAACGAAGAGGGAAUGCGUAAGUUCAAUGUCGGCAUGAGUCGUAUCUUGAUAUUGAAACACCUCAAGGACUCUCCCCACCGUCUGGCCGCAGCCGGCAAGAUGGCCUCAGUGCCGCUGAUCACUGGCGACAUGCGCGACGAGGGCACGCUCUUCUCUCUCCUCGCUCAGCUCGAGACUCUCUCGGAUGAGGACUUUGCCGAUUACUUCCAGACAAUCUGGCGGCCCAAGGCUACUGACGCCGACAUUGCCGGCCUCAUGAAGCUCCACCCCGCAGACAUCACCAAAGGCUCCCCCUUCGGCACAGGCAUCCUCAAUGCCGUCACGCCUAAGUUCAAGCGCCUGGCCGCCGUGGUAGGCGACUUCAGCUUCCAGGCGCAGCGACGCAACCUUCUAGCACAUUACAACGUCUCGGAGCAGACUGUUUGGAACUACGUCACCGACGUGAGCAUCCCGUCGGCAGGCCUGCUGCCAGACUUCGGCGUGUUGACGCACCUGCCUGUGCUGGGAUCAUUCCAUGCCUUUGACGUGCGGUUCUACAUGUUUGCCGGUCUGCCGUAUGCGUUGAGCAAGAAUACGCAGACUUACCAGGUCACCGCCAUCUCUUUCAUCCGCACGCUGAACCCCAACAACCAUGGUCUGGACUUUGCCGAGUGGCCGAGAUACUCUGAAGAGGGCUUGGAGACGUCUAACUUCAAGGAAAGCGAGCCUGAGGUAACCCAGGGACGACUGGCGUGUUGA